AUGACUGAAAGAUACUCCUCAAGUGAGAAAUCUUCAAAUCUGGAUACAGAGGCACAGAGGGUCUUUGAGGUCCCUCAAGACCUUACUGGGAGUAAUAAAGAUGCCACCAAAAAUGAGGAGCAAAUUAAUGUGACAUACUAUGAUGAUGAUCGCUUGAGCUCUUCGUCAGAAUGGCACGUUUUUACAAACCCUCAGCAGGCAAAAUACUACAGAAAUCUAUAUGAGUCCACGAAUUACGAGUGCCGUCACUUGUUCGAUCCUGACAUGACAUGGACAGAGGAGGAGGAAAGAAAGGUUGUGAAAAAAAAUGACUGGUAUGUGACUUUCUGGGCUUUUAUCAUGUUUACUGCUCUGGAUUUUGAUCGAUAUAACAUUGCCCAGGCUUUAUCCGCUAAUAUGUUAGAUGACCUCAAAUUGACAACCGAUGAUUAUAAUUUGGGUAAUACAAUCAAUCUGGUGUGCUUUCUGGUAGCUGAACUGCCAUCUCAAUUAAUUUCCAAAAAGAUUGGCGCAGAUAUCUGGAUUCCAACGCAGCUAUGUCUCUGGAGCGCAGUAUCGAUGUGUCAGGCUGCAAUGACAACUCGAGCGGGGUUCUUGGCCACAAGAGGACUAUUGGGUGCCUUGCAAGGUGGUUUUAUUUGUGAUGUCUGUUUAUGGAUGAGUUACUUUUUCACUUCUAAAGAGUUACCUUUUCGUCUAUCGCUGUUUUAUAUUGCAAAUCCAAUGACAUCAGUAUGGUCUUCCCUGCUCUCCUUUGCACUUUUGAAGAUCAAAACAAGUGGCAUAAUGGAACAGUCUUUUGAUGGUUAUUUCUAA